CGCACCCUGCGCGCAGGUGCCGCCCGGCGCCCGGCCCGCCCGUUCCGCCGCCACCGCCACCGUCGUGCGUGCUGCUUGGCGGAGGGGCCGGGCCUGCGCGCGCUCUCUCUCCUCCUUCCUCCCCACCUCUCGCUGCCGGCGGAGCGCGACUCCCGCAGCCACUGGUUCCCCCCCACCCCACACACACCUUGUCAUCGCACAAGCCGAGCACGGUGAGGCCCGCGGGCGCACUCCCGGCCGGGAUUUGGGGCGGCUCCGGGCUCCUGCUGUGUGGCCGGCGGCUGGCCGGGGCGAGGGCGGCCCGGACGCGAUGCCCCCCAAAAAGGGAGGUGAUGGGAUUAAACCACCCCCAAUCAUUGGAAGAUUUGGGACUUCAUUGAAGAUUGGUAUUGUUGGAUUACCAAAUGUUGGAAAAUCUACUUUCUUCAAUGUAUUAACCAAUAGUCAGGCUGCAGCAGAAAACUUCCCAUUCUGCACUAUUGAUCCCAAUGAGAGCAGAGUACCUGUGCCAGACGAGAGGUUUGACUUUCUUUGCCAGUACCACAAACCAGCAAGCAAAAUUCCUGCCUUUCUAAAUGUGGUGGAUAUUGCUGGGCUUGUGAAAGGCGCUCACAGUGGACAAGGCCUGGGAAAUGCCUUUUUAUCUCAUAUUAGUGCCUGUGAUGGAAUCUUUCAUCUAACCCGUGCUUUUGAAGAUGAUGAUAUCACGCAUGUUGAAGGAAGUGUAGAUCCUGUUCGAGACAUAGAAAUAAUACACGAAGAACUCCAGCUUAAAGAUGAGGAAAUGAUUGGGCCUAUUAUAGAUAAACUAGAGAAGGUGGCUGUGAGAGGAGGAGAUAAGAAGCUAAAGCCUGAGUAUGACAUAAUGUGCAAAGUUAAAUCCUGGGUUAUAGAUCAGAAGAAACCUGUUCGAUUCUAUCAUGAUUGGAAUGACAAAGAGAUUGAAGUGUUGAAUAAAUACUUAUUUCUGACUUCAAAACCAAUGGUCUAUUUGGUUAAUCUUUCUGAAAAAGACUACAUUAGAAAGAAAAAUAAAUGGUUGAUAAAAAUUAAAGAGUGGGUGGACAAGUAUGACCCAGGUGCCUUGGUCAUUCCUUUUAGUGGGGCCUUGGAACUCAAGUUGCAAGAAUUGAGUGCUGAGGAGAGACAGAAGUAUCUGGAAGCGAACAUGACACAAAGCGCUUUGCCAAAGAUCAUUAAGGCUGGGUUUGCAGCACUCCAACUAGAAUACUUUUUCACUGCAGGCCCAGAUGAAGUGCGUGCAUGGACCAUCAGGAAAGGGACGAAGGCUCCUCAAGCUGCAGGAAAGAUUCACACGGAUUUUGAAAAAGGAUUCAUUAUGGCUGAAGUAAUGAAAUACGAAGAUUUUAAAGAAGAAGGUUCUGAAAAUGCGGUCAAGGCUGCUGGAAAGUACAGACAACAAGGCAGAAAUUAUAUUGUUGAAGAUGGAGAUAUCAUCUUCUUCAAAUUUAAUACACCUCAGCAACCGAAGAAGAAAUAAAUUGUACUUAUUGUUCAGAUAAAAAGUGUAACCUUCAAAAGGCAUAUGAUUUUUUUUAAUUAAAAUUUCUGAAAAGUGAAGGGACAAAUAAAGUUGUGGGGAAGGUGGAUCUUCUACAAACAGAUUAUUUUUGUUUUAAAAUUAAGAUACUGUGUACCUCCGAUGAAAUGCAAGUUUGCUAAAUGUGAACAGCUUUGCUUUUCACAUGAUUAAAACCCUACUCCAAAUUGUAGGCGCUUUUCAGGAACCAUAUUACUCUCAUGAUACUUCAUUAAUCUCCAUCAUGUAUGCCAAGCCUGACACAUUUGACAGUGAGGACAAUGUGGCUUGCUCCUUUUUGAAUCUACAGAUAAUGCAUGUUUUACAGUACUCCAGAUGUCGACACUCAAUAAAACAUUCGACAAAACCA